AUGAAAGAUGAAGCUUUGGAAUCGGUAUUUUCGGCGAUUUUUAUGAAUUUUGAAGAUGAAUCCGAAUUUUCAGCCAGUGUAAAAACACGAUUUUCAGAGGUUAGUUUAAAAAAUUUAAAAAAUAUUUAUCAUGUGGCAAUUUUUAUUUUCAGGUUUUUCACGUAAAAGACAAGUUACCGCAAUUAAUUGAAAAAUGCAAAAAUUUGGCAACUUUCCAACUCGAAGUUUUUGUUGGCAAUCAUCCAAUUCAUGUUUAUAUUAUAAAGUUGGUUUUUUUUUGGAAAUUUCAGAUUUUCAGACAUAAUUUUAUGAAUCUCAGGCCUGAAACUUGUUGGGAACAAACGCUUAAACCAGGAAUUAUUAAUAAAAUGUUAGUUUUUUCUUAAUUUUUCAACACAUUAAAAAAAAUGUCCUAAUUUUUCAGAGAUCUCGGAAAAUCGUUGGAAGUCUCUCUGAAAUUCUCACUAAAACCAGCUGAAAAUGCGGAAAAGAUCAAAAGAUCAGCUUCGCUUCUCAAAAAAGUCGGAUUUUUCGAUGAGAAAAAGAAGAAAAGUUCGGAGAGCUUUUUGCAAGUCGCAAGCUUGCCGAUUGGAUCGAAAUGUAAGAAAAAUAUUCAUUUGGGUGGCGGAAAGACGACGGUUUUUGAUUUGAAAUUGGUGGUUGGUGGAUUUUUUUGGAGGGAAUUUUUAAUUCGGAAUAAUUACAAAGAUUCAAGGCUUGAUUGA